AUGUUUCCGAAUGCAGGAAUCAUGGUCAGUAAGGAAGCCGGCAAAUGCGGACUCGCGACGCCAGAGAGUGAAGUGGAGCCUGCCGCCUGCCUGGCCCUGGAGAUGAAAUACGCCCUGGAUCCCAACCGGCAGAUUAAAAAACGGAAUAAAGCUCUGCAGGUGCGGUUUAAGGAUAUCUGCGAGGCGCAGAACGAGCAGAGGGACACGCAGCUCUCUGCGGGACAGCCAGGCGAGAAGCGGGAGGCCAAGGCUGCGUCCUGCAGAGCAGCCUACCGCAAAUACAUGACAGUGCCCGCCCGGAGGUCCAUCCCCAACGUCACCAAGAGCACAGGUGUGCAGACCUCGCCAGACCUUAAAAAGUGUUACCAGACCUUCCCUCUGGACCGCAAAAAAGGGAAUCUCAAAAGCAUCCCAGCUGCGGAUGCCUUUAAAAGUCAAGACAAUGGGUUUGUAAUAGAUGCGAAAGAGAAGAGUGAGGAAGGGGCCCGGGAGGAGGCCCGACCGUGGGGUGCGGGCCAGGUUCAGAAGACGGCGGCCUUGGUGGUCCAUUCCGAUGAACACAUGAACGCGCUGGACCAGCCCGCUGGGGUCAACUGUGCAGAGCCAUGCAAAAACCCUGAUUUGCACAGCUGCCGAGACGCUCCUCUCCAAAACUCCACUCGGCCUCCCUCCCAAGAGCCUGAUUACCAGCUGCGUGAGAAAGCAAAACAUGACAGGGUGACACCAGACACUGAGGAACCCGCUGCGUCGGCCCAUGGGAGGGUGUUUAAAACGGAGGUGGCCACCGUUUAUGCACCGGUCGCCAGUGCAAAGACCCCAGAGCCGGCCUUAUCAAACUCUGCCGCCACGAGCGAGUGGUCCCUCUUCCCGGUGGCCGACCAGGAGCGGAGGAGAGCCACACAUCUUAAUGGGCUCCAGGGCCCCCCGGGCACUGCUGUGGCCUGCUCGCCCCCAGUGCAGUGCUUGUCCCCUGAAUGUAGUGAACAGCCCCCGCAGACUCCAGCCCCGCUGCCGGGGGAGGACAACCAGCCUUGUCCGACAGCGGUCGCUGUGGGUGAAGAAUGCCAACAAAUCGUGCCUCAUACGGAAGUGGUCGACCUGAAAGCACAGCUGCAGAUAAUGGAGAACUUGAUCAGUUCCAGCCAAGAAACCAUCAAAGUGCUCUUGGGGGUCAUUCAGGAGUUGGAAAAGGGAGAGGCCCAUCGGGAAGGGCUUUCAUAUCGGACGGGGCAAGACACAGCUAAUUGUGACACAUGCAGGAACAGUGCAUGUAUUAUCUAUAGUGUGGAGCUAGAUUUUAAGCAGCAAGAAGACAAACUCCAGCCAGUUCUGAGGAAACUCCAUCCUUUUGAGGAAACUCAGGUUGCACCUUCGCCUUACUCGCAGGAGACUUACUCCUCCACUCCCAAGCAAAAAUCCAAAACUGAAUCUAAAAAGCACGGAAGAUGGAAACUCUGGUUCCUUUAAAACUCAUGGUGUUUGGAGUCUAAAGGCCGUCUUUAAAACUCACUGGAGUUAAGUAAAUCCUUUUCCAAAAUGAAUAGGAUCGAGUGAACUGUGGCUGACUCGGGCGCCACCCAGUUCUCACCCUGCUUACCAAAAAGGCCUUUGUACUAACAGAUAAUUAACAGAAGCAAGGUAUUAAAUGUCGCACCUUGCCGGCUGUUCUUUGCAGUUCACAGAUGUGGGAUGUAAAAUCUGAAACAAAACUUACAUAGUCAAAGAUGGUAAGUAAAAAUUCCAUGCCCCCACCCCAGAUCGGCAAGUAUUACAUUAUCAACCUGCAAAAUAGCAGGCUGUCACUCUGUACACAGCUAAAACUCAUAAUUAUUUUCA